UUUCUUGCGCUGAAUCGUCACUCUCUCUCCUCUCUCUAUACGAGUUUUCUUAAGAGUUGAAAACCAACUUCGCUUUCUGAUAAGAUAGAGGCCCGCCUUUCCAAUUCAGUCAUCCUUCUCUCUCUCUCUCUCUCUCUCCUCCGCCUGAAGGUCGCAGGUGCUUGAAGGUGAGCUUCCAUCUCGAAUCGAUAACGAAUUGUUAAUUUAUAAUUCGGUUGCAAGAAAAUGGGUUCGGAAGGGCCUCCAGCCGUGACAAUUCAUAUAACCGGUUUUAAGAAGUUCCAUGGAGUUCCCGAGAACCCAACCGAGACAAUUGUGAGCAAUCUAAGAGAAUAUAUGAAUAAAAGGGGUUUGCCAAAAGGAUUGACUCUUGGAAGUUGCAGCAUUCUCGAGACAGCCGCAGGGGCAGUGGCUUCUCUCUAUAAGACUUUACAAUCGGCCUUAGAGGAAAAUGAUUCCGAAUUAACAAAUUCGGGAGGAGUUAUCUGGGUACAUUUUGGGGUCAAUAGUGGUGCCACCAAAUUUGCUAUUGAGCAUCAAGCUGUCAAUGAAGCUACUUUUCGCUGUCCGGAUGAGAUGGGAUGGAAGCCUCAGAAAGUCCCCAUUAUCAAUGCAGAUGGUGCGAUUUCUCAAACACGCGAGACCUCUCUACCCAUUCAGGAGAUAGCAAAGGCCUUGUCAAAGAAGGGCUUUGAUGUCAUGGUUUCUGAUGAUGCUGGUAGAUUUGUGUGCAACUAUGUCUAUUAUCAUUCCCUUCGUUUUGCAGAGGAAAAUGGGAUCAAAUCCCUCUUUGUCCAUGUGCCUCUCUUCUUCACUAUAGAUGAGGAGACCCAAAUGCAAUUUGCUGCCUCCUUGCUGGAGGCCCUUGCUGCUUUUGGUUAGCGGUUGCUUUGGAACAUCCACCCAUUUUAUUUUGGUUCGCUGUCAAUGUGAAGGUGGAUGGGUGUAAAGAAGGAAUGUUUAUGCAUUGUAAGUUCAUGCAGAAUGGAAAAACCAAAAAAAAAGUUAUUGUGGGACGCUGAUCUUGUAUAUUUGCCUUGAUGUUUGUCAGAAGGGUUUUGAUCACUUCCAAAUGUAAGUGAUCUUUGUGUGGAGAUGUCAAUAAAGGCCUGAUUUGCUUGCAUCUGAACGAAUUCGUUCAACUGAA